GAGAUUGUGUGGAGUGCCUGCUGCUUCGGCCGGGGAAACCCGACAACCAGUCCUGCCAGCACCUGUGCAAGGAUGAGGUGAUCACCUGGGCGGACACCAUCGUGAAAGAUGACCAAGAGGCCGUGCUGUGCUUCUACAAAACUGCAAAGGAUUGCGUCAUGAUGUUCACCUACGCCGAGCUGCCCAGUGGGAAGUCCAACCUGACUGUCCUCAAAGAGCCAGAGUGUGGCUCAGCCCCCAACACCGUCACCAUCCUGCUGGCUGUGGUGGGCAGCAUCCUCCUGAUAGGGCUUGCUCUCCUCGCCAUCUGGAAGCUGCUUGUCACCAUCCAUGACCGCAGAGAGUUUGCCAAGUUCCAGAGUGAGAGCUCCAGGGCUCGCUACGAAGUGGCCUUGAAUCCCCUGUACAGAAAGCCCAUCUCCACACACACAGUGGACUUCACCUUCAACAAGUUCAACAAAUCCUACAAUGGCACCGUGGACUGAGGGCUUGCGCUUCUAGAGAGCUGGAGGGGACUAAGGACAAACCACCAAAGCGCUUGGACCGGCUCCAUUCAUCAUGGCUUCCUAGAUAGGCGAGUGCGGAGAGGCCCUGAUGGCGAACCUGUGUGAGGAGCCUGCUGCCCAGAUGAGGUACCCGGCUGCAGGGCCAGAUCCACGUGGGGCUGCCUCCCUCCAAGCCCAGGAAAAGCAAGGGGACCUGGCUCCUCUUGGCCACCUCCACUGGUGUCUGGAGGAGCUGCUGACGGUGAGGCCUCUCUGCCUUGCUCGCCUGGCCAGACAGAGGACACUGUUGGGAAUGGACAGACUGCAGAAUCAGCGUGCGGCCUGGCUUUUCCACGUUCAUCAUUUUAUAUAAAAUUAAAAAAAGGUCAUGCAUUUAUGAUGUAGUUCUGGUUUACGAGAAUUGUCUGCACGUGCAUGUUGGUGAUGGGAUUAUUGAGAUGUCUGUUGAAAACACAUUUUGCAAAUGUCAGUGCUUUUCUUCUACCUGUGUUUGUUCAGUAGUUUUGUAAUGAGAACGACUGUCUGGGCUUGAAAGUAAAGAUUGGAAUGAAAUGCA